AACCUUUAAUCUUUCUCAAUUCAAGCUAAGAGUGUCUGAUUUACGCGACUACUGUGUGGUUUCUGCUGAAAUCGUAGUGUUUCUAUUUCAUCAAAACUUAAAAAGCCGAGAUGGAUGGGGCCAAAAUGGAUCCCGGACCCGAAGCAGAGGAUUUUGAAUACCAACUGAAAUUGGAACAGGAGGAGCAAUGGAAACGAGACAACGGGUAUAUCUACACAGAUCCCAGUGAUGGAACCAUGUAUGAAUGGGACCCAGAGAAACAGGCAUGGUUUCCAAGGGUGGAUGAAAACUUCAUUGCCUCUUACCAAGCCAGCUAUGGUGUAACAACCGAGGAGACUACUGCAGACAGCCAAGCCAAUUCACAGUCUUCAUCAUCAGCAUCUCAAUCCUCAGCAGCAACAGCUCAAGGAACAGUAUCCUCAACAUCUGCAGGAGUGGGCGAAGACACUCCUCCAGGAAGUCAGGAGGAAGCCAAAGGAGACGGGGAGGGGAAGGUAGAUCAACAACCCCAGAUGAUUUAUAGGUACCAGAAGAUGCAGAUGAAGAGGAAAGCGGAGCAAAAAAGCUGGUUUGAAGUCGACCCCACCAAGAACACCAAUGUCUAUGUGAGUGGCCUUCCAGAUGAUAUCACCCUCGAGGAAUUCCAGGAGCUGAUGGCCAAGUGUGGUAUCAUCAUGCUGGAGGAGGAUACUGAGAAACCAAAGAUCAAGCUCUACAUGGAUGACCAGGGCAAACCUAAAGGAGAUGGCAGGUGCUGCUAUCUCAAGAGAGAGUCUGUUGACCUUGCUAUCCAGCUACUGGAUGAAUCAGAGAUCAGAGGUCACAAGAUCCAUGUAGAGGUCGCGACCUUUACCCUCAAAGGAGACUAUAAACCAGAUAUGAAGAAGAAAAAGAAGCCCAACAAGAAAAAGAAGGGAAAAAUUCAAGAAAAGCUUCUGGACUGGAGGCCAGAGAAGAAGUUUCCACAGAGGAAAAGAAAUGAGCAGGUUAUCAUUCUGAAACAUGUCUUCCAUCCAAAUGAAUUUGAGGAAGAUGCCAUGCUGAUCAAUGACAUCAAAGACGAUGUCACAUCAGAAUGUUCUAGGUACGGCGAGGUCAAGAAGGUUCUCAUAUUUGAUAGACAUCCAGAUGGUGUUGUCUCUGUAAAGUUUAAAGAUGUUGAAAAUGCUGACAAGUGUAUUCAAGCUCUUAAUGGAAGAUGGUUUGCCAAACGUAAGCUAGAGGCCUUCCACUGGGACGGAAAGACAGACUACAAGAUAGAAGAGACAGACAAGGAGAGAGAGGAAAGACUGAAGAAAUGGGAAGAUUUCUUACAUGAUGAUGAUGAUGAACAGGAUGAAAAACAAAAGAAGGAUGGAACACAGAAGGAUGAGGACAGGCUAGAGAUGAAGGGAGAGACAAAGAAAGAAGAAUCGGAGGAAGGAAUGGCCAAGGAAGAUAGAGGAACAGAGAAGAAAGGAAAUGAUAAUGGUGUUACAAUAGAAGGAACUGGAGAAGAGGAGGAGCACAAGGAAGAGGGAAAGUCAUGAGACGAACAGAGGAAGUGACAAGAUAUUGUAGCAGAUUCCAGAAGAAGAAUGAUAUGAGCAGACUGCUGGCAGUACUGUGUACCGUGAUGAUCAUGCAUACAGAAAGAUUGGUCUUCAGUUUAAACUGCAAAUAUAUGAUAUGGGAAGUACAGUUGUGCUCAAAACUAGUGAACCCCACCACAAAAUACACUCCUUCAUGCUGAGUGUUGAAUGCAGACAACAUCACAACAGUAUUUGGCAAGCCCAGAGAUACAAACUUUAUUGAAUAUAAUAUAUUACCACCUAACUUCACACUCAAAUAUCUUGACCAUGGCAAAACUUGAACUUAAGAUAUGUUCAUUUUCAGGUGGGUUCACUAAUCUUUUUAGUACCACUGUUUAACAAGUUUUUGUUGUUAUGUUACCUUGAUCCAAGAUGGGAAGGACAUAUAAAUAAUUGACCAGUGUCCUGAGCUUUUCAAAUUCAUAGAUGUUUCUUCUUUCCUGAGACUUGUUCCUUUCAGAGUUACAUUUGAAUGCAAGGCUAUAAGUCAAUCUCAAGUCCUAAUGCCUGCUCCUGAUUGAUCUUUUUAGUAGCAUUUAAUUGUAACAUUUUCAACAAAUUUUCCUACAAUAAAAUUCCUAAUGACCUUGUAGAAAGAAGUAUUCUUGUAUUCUUUUAUUGUGGUAUGAGUGAAAGAACUAUAAAUUAGUUCAUUCUCUGUACAUGUCUUGUUGCUAUGUCUGGCAAGCCUCAUCUCUCAGAAAGUCAAGCAUAAACCAGUCUCUUGACCACACGAUGUUGACAUUCAUUUGCAAUAGACGAUGCCCUUCUAGAUGCAAGCUUUGGUAUGAAAAUUUCUUUUACCCAUUUCUUCGUCAUUUGUGGCCAGAUAACAGGAUGGGGCGUUGGAUCUGAAUUAUAGAAGUUUGCCCGAAACCGUAUAUACUCCUGAAAAGGAUCGAUUGUCAAUCUUUCUUUGUCCUUUUCAGGACCGGUGUUUUCCGCAAACUUCCACAAUUCUCUCCACCAUGAAAACCUUUAGAUAUCAUCUUACAUGUAGAUCUGCAUUGUAAAAUGUGAAUGAUAUUUCCCUUUUAAAAUGAGAUUCUUGGUGUAAGUCACUGCCAUAGAAAUUGGACUAAAUGGCAAGUGGGCUAUUAAGUGGUAGUAAGACCAAAUGGUUAGUGGAUGAACUGGUUGUAGACAAACCGUAAUGGAUUAGUCCAUGUGGGAUGAGAUAAUUGGAAACUGGACAAAAUGGAUCUCUAGACUGAAAAUCUCAUAUUGAUAGACGUCUGUCUUUACAAACCAAAAUUACACAUUUAUGCAUGUCAGGUUGCUACUAUACGCAAUUCUAAUGGGUCCAUUCUGCAUGUAGAUUUAGACCACUAUUAGGGACAUCUUAAAACACCAAGGGUUUGCACCCAAUAAGUUUGCAAUCUAAGUUUUGCAUUUAUUUUUUUCCUUGAUUAGCAGGUCUCAAUUAUUACAAAGAGAGAAAAUAGAGCAGAUAAUUUAAUACAAGAGAAAACAGAUAAUGAUACAAAUAUUCAUUCAACCCUAGGCUGUUAGAUUUUGUAGGUUCAGUGUACAUGUAUUUAAAAAAGGAUAGUGAUUGAUGUGAUUUAAUGGGGAAUCCAACCCCAAUGAGAAUUACCUUUAUAAAGAAAAAAGAAAAAUCAGGAAAGGAGGUAAGGUGUACGAAUAGUACUGAAAGUUUUGAAUAUUUCUGAAAAGUUCUAAAAAGUUACACUCUCUACGUCUGUGUGGAUACCAAAUAAGCUGCAUUAGUGAUGAUAUUGUGAUGAAAGGUAGAAUAUGGACAACUCUUUAUUUUGCUUCAAAUGAAAGUCUUUUUGUCAUUUAGAACUUAAUUAUAGUAAUAAAGGGUACAUAUCAAUGUGAAUUUUUUUACUUUUAUUGCUACCCCAAAGGUAAAAUUGCUCAGGAGAAAACUGCAAAUAAUACCAUUUGUCACAGUCUACUUGCCAAAUUACCAAUAUGAUAUUAUAGUCAUGUUGAUCCAUUUCAAUAAAAACACUUUCUUGUUACUCAUCCUUUUUAAAUGUUUAGUCAUUGCAUGAACUUUUAUACAUCUCUCUUUGGAAAAAAAAAACAACAACAUACAUUUGGCAACCCAGGUUGGAUUCCCCUUCAAUGAAGUGUUAAUAUGUAAUGAUACCUGCUUAUUUCAAGCCACUCUUUAUUUUUGCAUGUUUGCAAAUAUACGUAAGUAGUUGCAAGGAAGUGAAAAAAUUUCAUGAUUGUGUAUUCAAAUAUACUUCAUGGGAUGUAUUUUUGAAUAAUUGUUUUACCUAAACCUCUUACAUGCUCCUACCAUGGUUAGAAUCCAAGAUUUCCCUAGGAGCUUCCUUAUUUUGGCUCAACUAUCUGAAUGAAAUUUUUAUUCUUCAGCAUGUUUAUUUCUCAAUCUGUUGAAAACUGUAAUUAUGUGAGUAUUUGUAUUUAUAGAUCUCCAAAGCAAGAUAAUGGAUGUACAGUAAAAAAAAAGUCAAAUAAAAUCACAUUUUUUUGUUAGAUUACCUACAUUUACAUGUCUUCUCAUACUUAAAAAAAGGCUAUUCAUCCACGGACACCAAUUCUUUUCAUUAUAUGGAAUUUAGAAAUAAUAGCAUUGAUCAACUACUGUGUAUUUGAGAGAUUGCUGUGUACAGUAUUGUUAAGUUUUCUAAUAAAUACUUAGAAUGAAAGUGA